GAAUAAUGUACCUAAUAUUUUACUUAUGUUAUACCAUUAUUGUAUCUUUUUCUUUUCAUGACAUUAUUUAAAUUUUUUGCAUGCGAAUUUUCUUAUUCUUCCAGGGAAGGCAACCACCCCGAUGACUACUCACGCGGUCUCACUUAUCGUAAAUUACUCGAAGAAGUUUGUCGCUUCGCAAACGUACUUAAAGACCAUGGUGUGAAGAAGGGUGAUCGCGUCUCCAUUUAUAUGCCGAUGAUCCUCGAAUUGCCAAUUGCUAUGUUGGCUUGUGCGCGUAUCGGCGCCGUACAUUCCAUUGUUUUUGCCGGCUUCUCAUCCGAUUCGCUGGCGGAGCGUAUGUUCGAUUGCACCAAAGUGCUGAUCACCGCUGAUGGUGCUUGGCGUGGCGAGAAACCAUUGUACCUGAAGGCACUCUGUGAUGUGGCGCUGGAGAAGGUCGAAGAGUUGGGACACAGCGUGGAUAAGUGUAUUGUGGUGUCACAUUUGAAACGCGUGACGCCAUGCGUUGACGAUCAUGUCGAACAGGAUAUACCGUGGACGGAUGAUCGUGACUUUUGGUGGCAUGAAGAGAUGGAAGACAAAGAACCAGCCUGCUAUCCUGAGUGGAUGGAGGCGGAAGAUCCACUUUUCAUGUUGUACACAAGUGGCUCCACCGGCAAACCGAAGGGCGUGUUGCAUACCACAGCGGGCUAUUUGCUAUAUGCAGCGACUACAUUCAAGAUCGUCUUCGAUUAUAAGCCCGGUGAUGUUUACUGGUGUACAGCCGAUAUUGGCUGGAUUACUGGGCACACAUAUGUGGUGUAUGGACCGUUGGCAAAUGGGGCAACGUCGGUGAUGUUUGAGGGUACACCAUUCUAUCCCGAUAACGACCGAUUCUGGGCUGUGAUCGAUAAAUAUAAGGUGACUCAGUUCUAUACCGCACCCACAGCUAUACGUGCGCUAAUGAAAUUUGGCGAGGCGCCCGUCUAACAUAAUCUAAACGGUUUAAAAGUACUUGGUAGCGUUGGCGAACCUAUCAAUCCAGAGGCUUGGCUGUGGUUCUACCGCUACAUCGGCAAAGAGAAGUGCUCGAUUGUUGACACAUUCUGGCAGACAGAGACAGGUGGUCAUGUUAUUACUCCCAUUCCAGGCGCUACACCCAUGAAGCCGGGUUCAGCGGUAAUCGUUCCAUUUUUCGGUGUUAAGCCCACGCUACUCGAUGAAAGUGGUAUUGAAAUCAAGGGCGAAGGUGAAGGUUAUCUAGUCUUCUCGCAGCCUUGGCCAGGCAUGAUGCGCACGUUGUUUAACAACCGACGCUUUGAGAGCACAUAUUUCUCGAAGUUCCCUGGCUUCUAUGCACCGGGUUCAGGUGCACGCCGCGAUGCUGAUGGUUACCUUUGGAUCACCGGUCGCGUUGACGACAUGCUUAACGUUUCGGGACAUCUGAUGUCUACGGCCGAAGUAGAAUCCGUGCUCACCGAACAUCAUCGUGUGGCCGAGGCAGCAGUCGUUUCGCGGCCACAUCCGGUGAAAGGUGAAUGCCUCUAUUGCUUCAUUACACCGAAUGAGAAUGAAACAUUCGAUGCGAAACUUGUGUCGGAAUUGAAGAAGCUAGUACGUGAGCGUAUUGGACCAUUCGCAAUGCCUGAUGUUGUACAACAUGCACCCGGUUUGCCAAAAACGCGCUCCGGUAAGAUAAUGCGACGCGUAUUACGCAAAGUGGCUGUUAAUGAUCGUAAUGUUGGCGAUACCUCAACGCUGGCCGAUGAGAGUAUCGUUGAGCAAUUAUUCAAGAACCGACCGAUAGAAGCUAAGUAAAUGUGAAUAAGCAAUGGCGGACGUACACACAUACACAUACUUUAA